AUGGCUGCUAAUGUUAUUAGCUUGCGCUUCACUCGUUCGAAAAAGCGAUCAGUUGUCGUUCCCAAGGGAACUGACCUUACCAUCAAAACCGCGAACUACACCAAGGUCCUUGCCGAAGUACAGUCUCUAGCUCAGGCCUUCAGUUUCUUGGUCUACAUCUCGAGCAAGAUUAUUCCAAAGGAACUAAUUGGACAGGAAGAGCUAUAUCCCCACAAAGGAGAGGAUCCGCCAUCCUACGGGCCGCCACCUCCACCAGUUAAUACUCCAUCUCAUUCCAACAAGCCUAACGCCGAUGGUUCUUCGCUGUCCAUCAAGUAA